AUGCAUCUCUUUUCUCUUCGCGCUGUGAUUGUGCUUUGGAUUUUGAUGAAAAUGAUCAGCCAAAGUGGUCUAGCCUUGCAAGGCUCGACAAAUCCCAUGAACAAACAAAGGAGUACUGACUUUUCAAGUACUCAUCUUCACUUGGGCAUGAAUCCAAUGAUGAGAACAGCUCUUGAUGAUUUCAUGGAUCAACCCGAUCCUAAUUAUCAUUAUCAAGUCAUUGACACCUUUCCAGUAGAUGACCAUGGCAUUCCCAUGAUGAUUGGCCAAACAAAUCGUCAUCCACAAUCAUCAUCAUCCGUGGCCACUUGUUAUGUCCUCAACAUGACCAGUCAAACUUGGCUUACGAAUCAGGACAUUUUGAAUGGACGUGAUGUGUGGUGGCAUUAUCAUUUAAUCAUUGUUCCCAAUAAUUUGAAUAGAGAUUUAAAGCAUGCAGCAAUGUGGAUGAUUGGCAAACACAAUACAGAUUCAAAACCAUAUCUGGGAGAUUUAUCAGAUCUCACAAGAAUUGCAGUUUCAACAAGGAGUAUUGUGACCGAGUUGUUGCAAGUUCCAAACCAACCCAUUGUGUUUGCAAUAGAUCCUAAACAUGAACAACGUUCAGAGGAUGGAAUGGUUGCAUUGACGUGGAGACAUUUCCUUAAUGACACGAGUAAACCGAAUUGGAUUGCACAUUUACCAAUGACUCGAGCUGGAAAAAGAGGUUUAGAUACUAUUCAGAGCUUUGCAAGAAAACAACUUGAUGUGAAUAUUGAAUCGUUUACAGUGAUGGGAGGAAGUAAGAAGGGAUGGACAACUUGGCUUCUUGCAGCUGUGGAUAGUCGUGUGACAAAUAUCAUUCCUAUGGUAAUUGCGACUUUAAAUCUUCAAAAAUGUCUCAUUCACACCUAUGACAGUCUUUGUGAUUUUCCCAUUGCCAUGGAUUCUUACAUUGAACAAGGCAUUACUUCGAGAGUAAAGACUGCAGAGUUUUCACAACUGGCUGGAAUUAUUGAUCCUUUGAUUUACAGAGACAGAUUUGCAAACAUUCCAAAAUUGCUCAUCUAUGCUCUUGGUGACGAAUUCUUUUGGGUGGAUUUAUCAUUAUUUUCAUUUCCAUUCCUCACAGGUGGAUUACAAAACAAGAGACUGAAAUAUUUACCAAACACAGGACAUAAUAUGAAGGACAGUGAUAUGAUGGAUGCUGUUCAUGUUUCAUAUUAUGCUCAUUUAUAUGGAAUUGAUUUACCAGUUUAUGAUUUUCAUCACAUUGAUCGAGGUCAUGGUAUUGAUGUCGAGUUGAGAAUUUUAAACGGCACCAAACCACGAGUGGUCAAGUUAUGGCAAGCCACCAAUGAAAAUGCAAGAGAUUUUAGAAUUACUACUAUUGGAAAAGCGUACACAUCAAGUGUUGUACCACCAAGUGAUGAUUCUGGACGAGUAUUCAGUGUUUCUGUCAAUAAUCCAAAGAAGGGAUAUACAGCAUUCACAAUGGAAAUGGAAUUUGAUGUCAUUCAAAAGCCUGGCAUUCCUGUAAUUCGGUUUACAACAAGUGCUUUUAUUACGCCUACCAGUACACCAUGUGUGUAUCCCUACUAG